UUAACACGGGGAGGAGGUGGAGGCGAAGGAAAUUGACAGACAUGAAACUGAUCGGCGGGGAGAGCCGAGGCCAGCAGCUGCCGCUUCACAACGCGGUUAGGAACUGCAGCUCUCCCAAAUCCCAGUAAAGCGACCGGAGAAGGAUUUCUGUCAUUAUCAAAAACAGCAUUCUUUUGAUUCGGUUUUAAUGUUAAUAGCAUGAUCACCCUGGAACUGCCGAACUCGGAAUUCGCACAGAGAGACCUGGCUCACUGGAGUUGGGGGUGGCAGCACCAACCAUGGACAGCACCAUCACACUUUGGCAGUUCCUGCUGCAACUUCUCCUGGAACCUAAGAAUGACCACCUAAUCUGCUGGACAUCGAAUGAUGGCGAGUUCAAACUGCUCAAGGCUGAGGACGUAGCCAAACUGUGGGGAUUUCGCAAAAACAAACCCAACAUGAAUUAUGAUAAGCUGAGUAGAGCUCUGCGAUAUUAUUAUGACAAGAACAUUAUUAAAAAAGUGAAUGGACAGAAAUUUGUCUAUAAGUUUGUGUGCUAUCCGGAGAUAUUGAACAUGGACUUUAACAUGGUGGGCAGGCCUGAGAAAGGAAUGGACACAGCUUUGCCUGAUAUGAGUCGGCCACAAAAGGACAAGGAGAACCAUAGCCAGGAGAAAGCAACCUCCUCCUCCAAGAUCUCAAGCCGCAAUGAUUACAUCCGUUCAGGGCUCUACUCGUCCUUCACUUUGAACUCACUACAAACCAAUCCCAACAUCUUCAAGUCCAUUAAAAUCGAGAACCCCGCGGAGAAGCUGCCAGAAGAGAAGAAGAAAAAGAAGCCACCUCCUCAGGAGCCUGUCACAGUCAUUAAAUUUGUUACCAACCCACCGAAAAGGGAGACGCCGGUCUCUGUGGUAGAACCGGCAGUGGUGCCCUCGGUCGCGGUGAGCCCACCGAACCCGGCGUCAUCGGAGGAGUCUCUGACCGUGCCAAACAUCGUUACGUCCUUCGCCUCGACUCCAUCCUCCAUCUCGCCUCCCACGCCUCUGCCCUUGAGCCCUGGCUCACCCAUUUUAGAGCCCUCGCUGGAUCCAGCCGCUGGUUUGGCCGUGGAGACUGAGCUGGCCACCAGCCCCUCGGAUGACCUGACACAGCCUCUGGAACUCUCCUCGGAUGGGGAAGAUCCGUCGUUGGACAACCCGGAAACCAGGCAUCAGAAGGGUCGGUCAAAGAAGCCAAAGGGGCUAGAACUGACUCCGGCCUUGGUUAUUACCAGCAGUGACCCAAGCCCUCUGGCCCUGCCGAGUCCUCCUCUCCCAGCAGCAUCAUUGACACCUGCCUACUUAACCCAGACUCCAUUCUUACUGACUCCCAGUCCAUUAUUGUCCAGCAUCCAUUUCUGGAGCACCCUUAGUCCAGUGGCUACACUCAGCCCAGCCCGAAUGCCUGGAACCAGCACUUUAUUUCAGUUUCCAAACAUUGCCAACAGUCACAUGCAGAUCCCAUUGUCGAGUGUGGAUGGCUCAUCAACUCCAGCCUCCUUGUCACCAGACCUUCAGAAGGCCUAACAAGGAAUCUGACAUGUCAAAAAGUCAUGCCUAUUCAACAGGGCUACAAAGGGAGCUCCUCUGUGAGAGACAAAGAUGACCACUGGUGAUGAUGCCAACGCGUGUAACAUUGGCGAUCAGGUCCUUGAGACCUCAGCUGGCAGCUGUGAUUGUAGGUCCUUGCCCAGAACAACAUGGUAUGCUGGCAUAGCGAUGGCAACAAUUGGACCCAUUCGUUGCUUCUUUCACUCUUAAUCUUUGAUUUGGAAUCCAUUUACUUUACUGAUUCUACUUAAUUGAGCAACUGUGAUGAGAUUUAAUGCGGUAUCAAUGCAAGUGAUAUGGGAUGGAUAACUUUUUGCAUAUCUCAAAUUUUCUCUGGCACUACCCAGUUAUUUUGGAGUUCCUGCAUCUGUACAGACCUUGUUGUUCAGCUUGGAACAGUGAGCUCGAGGGACGCAGUUGACUUUUCUGUUUUGGAUCUGCAUUGCUGCCUUUAUCUUCUGUGCCCUCACUGGUAUAUGAGGGAUGGAGAUUAUGCCUAACUGGAAGACCAAAAGCAGCUUGAGUCACACUGCCUUGCACACUCUCCAUCUUCUCAGAUUGGAACUCACCUGUAGAAUGUGAACAGCAGCUUUCAAAGUGCUCCCUCAUUAAGUGAUCAUUACUGAGGCUCCCUUAGUCUCAGUUGCACAACUGACUUCAAGAGACUGGACCCCCGAACCCAGACUACCUAUCAUUAGUGCAGCCUGCUCCUCCUAUUCCUUUGGACAGACCUGCCUCUUGUCCAUUAUUUCGAUCUUCUCCCUCUGUGAAGGAAAGCAGGGCCUGUCUGGGAUCUGCUUUGUGCAUGCGAUGGGACUUGUAGAACCCCAUUCUCAGCUCCUUCUGUCCAAUGCCAAUGCAUCAAUGUGGCAAUUUGUGAAUGCCACUUCAAAUCUGAUGGGCAAAGUUGCUGUGCCAGGGCUGAAGAAUUAUAUUUGUUGACUGAACCCACGGCAGGUUGCAUUGUAGCUUUUGGUUGAUUUGAAAAGCAAACGUCGUCUCAGUUUUCUGGUAACAGUUGAUAACCUAGCCUUCCACAUCCCAAUGUUUGAUGAGUCUAUCCCUCCAUUUCAACCCUUCAAACUGUUUAUUCCACUAGCUCUGUUACUUUUCAUGAUGCCUACCCUUGCAAUUCUAAUUCUAUCAUAUCUUCAUCUCCACUUCCGACUUAAUAAUCUUUUCUUCUCUAUGGGAAGCUUCAGCCUGUUUAACCAGCAAAUGCAUUCCAUUCUCCAUCUCUCAUCCCUUAUAAUUUCUCUCAUUUUCUGCUCUACUGUUCCAUGAUAUUGCUUUUACCCCCAAGGAAUGACUUGAUCAUGAGAUGGAUUUAAGUGCUCUGAGUACAAAUGGACAGAUCUUGAAGAGAUAAUAAUUUUGCUGAAGGUUUGAAGUCAUUUUUUUUAACAUCAAGAAAGUUAACAAAUGAGCAGAUGCUGUCUGAGGUUCAGUAUCCAUUUCUAAUGCUUUGUUUGCAAUAGAUGGGUGAAAUUUCUUGUUUUUCUAUUAGGAUGUCAUCUUAUUUAUUGACUGGCAAGAAAAGGGGAUUUGUUUGGGCUUUGUGCACACAAUAUCAAUUCUUCCAGGUGGCUGAUAAAACCAAACUUGUUCCUUGGCAAGACGAUGGUUAUGUCACACCAGUUCCUUUACCCCUAGAGUAGACCUUUACAGGGUCUCGUCUUCUUUUUAAAAUUCAUUUGCAGGCUGUGGGUAUCACUGGCUAAACCCACAUUUGUUGCCCAUCUAUGACUGACCUUGAGAGGGUGAUGGCGCGUUGCCUUAAUGAACUGCUGUUAGUGGAGUAGGUAGGAGUUCCGGGAUGUUUGCAUGUAAUAUACAUGAAUGGUGCUUUAAAAAAUUAGGGAAAUUUUUUUUUGUAAAUUUUUAAUGGUACAUGAAUGGUUUGGGUGCUAAAUUGGUUUUCUGAGUUUUAAUCUCAUUGCAACGCAAAGAAUACUGCACACUAACAAAACUAAAUACUUUCCAUUUUUAGUGACCAAUGUCCUUACAUAUGAACGUACAAAUUAAGAGCAGAAGUAGGCGAUUUGGCCCUCCCUCGCUGCAUAGCAUCUCACCAACAUCACAUCCCAAAUGGCUUAACUCUUCUGGCCAAGCCUUGUUAUCAUCAAAUCAAACCUUUAAUCUAUCCCUGAAAAGCAUUGCUUAUUUUUGUUCCUAAGGGGAUUGUCACCGUGUUUUGAAAUUGGACGUUACGCUGUAAUUGGGUUGAAGUGGGCAUAUCAUUUUGAUAUGUUGUGGGGAAGGAAGCUUGUUGGCCCCAGUUCUUCCUUGGCCAAUGUUCCUCCCUCAAGGAGCAGCAACUAAACAAAGAGAUAAAUUAACGAGUCAGUCAGCACAUUGUCACUUGAGGGAAGCUGCAAUUGCUUCAUCCACUGCUUUAGCUAAUGUGGCUACACUUCGCAAAGGAAUUAUUAAGUGAAAGCCCUUUGGCAAUGUUUGAGAACUGAUUAAAAGAAAGAAUCAUCGAUUGUGAAAUUUCUGUUCAAUCCUAAUUUUCAACCAAACCAAAAUUUAGCUCUGGGCUGAUGCUAUCGGGACAUGACAAUACCAACUAGCAUAGUUUCAAUGUUGGAAUUUGGUCAUAAAUUCUGACAAAGCAAGUUCCAAGAACAAAGGCACUUUCUGAUUAUAGUGACGUGGACAGAUCUUUUGAUGUACAUUUCUGUUGUAUCUGUUUAUCACUCGCCAAUGAACUAUUAAUGGAGCUGACUGACAGUGAAACUACAUCGAAUGACGUCAACUCAGCAUCCAGGUUAUCGAACAUAAACCAGAGCCAAGUGAAUUCAAGAGCAAAAUGUAUUGGGCAAGUCUGAAAGCACUGGAGUUGAAGCUACUGGACUUCAAAGCUCUUUCAUAGCUUUCAGUGAAUGGAAAUAAGUUCGGCAACUUCCGUUUUGUUUCUAAAAGAAUGAUUUAAUCUAGUUUAAGCUGACUGUGGGGCUCUUGUUUUCCAGUUGGACUAAACAUCUCCAGCACAGAACAAUCAGGAGAUCAAGAAAGCCACUUCCCAAUCCCAUGUGAAAGGAGUUUGAGGUGUUUCUGGAUGCUAACAACAGGUAGAAGCAGGGUGAAGAAUGGCAAGAGAUGAGAAACUCAUCACUGACAAUUGCCCACUGCGCCAAUUCCAAAAUUUUAUUGGGGUGUGAGCAGGAUGAUGAGUGCUUAUUUGCUUUAUUUACAUUGGAAAUUUAUUGGAAUUCUUGAACAAAAGUCUCCACUGCAGAAGAUCAGAGGAAGAAGAAAAAGAGUUUAGCUUUAAAUAGAAAUUAGACUUCUUUUGUGUCUUGUUUACAUUUGAGACAUUUCUAAAAGAGUAAAAUUCUCACUGAAAGGCAAGGUGAGGUGGUUAGCAACCAACUGGGAAAGAAAUGAUCUGGCUGUGUCCCCACAGAUCAUAAUGGAGAGAGCUUAGUCACCAUCUAUUACUGAGUUCUCUGUGGGCUAUUGUUCAGAUGUAGAUCAGCAGGAUGGGUUAGAACCAAGAAAUUGAUCAUGGAACUGCUUGAUGUAACAAUGGGAAUGUGAAAUUGAUCGCGGCGCCAUAACUGGGAGGCCUAACCUGCAUGUGCCGAUUUCCUGCUCCUCCGAUUAAAUUUUGCAAAACUUUCCAGGAAGGCCAUGGAGUCUGUGGGAAUUAAUGUUGAAUCUUCUGGACACUGCUCGCGAGAAAGAAUAUAUUAGGAAUGUCGAAAGAAAAUUUGUAUUUUUUAAAUUGUUUUCUUCGAACAGCUUUGUUUAUUCAAUAGAAAACUAUUGGACUUGGUCUUUUUAACAAAGGGCUGUUUGUCUGGGCAGGAGGAUUGGAGGCAAGGAUGAUACCUCCAGGAAUACAUCCGAAUAGAGUUGGUAACCCAACAUCUUGGAAGUUUUCAUUUUAAACAAUGAAACAAAAACAGUCUACUACAAGCACUGAUGCCAUCUCUCCGAAUAGUCAAUUAACCUGUGCCAUCAGCGAGACAAGGCAUCAACUAUCUCCCAACUUCUUUGCCAAAGGUCGGUGGCCUUCAUUAGCCUUAAACCAGGAAGGAAAAGUACUUUGGAAUUCCUUUUUCCUUUUGACAUAUUUGAGAGAUCAGAAUUUCAGCUGAAAAGGCUGUGAGGUGACUAGAGUAAUAUUCUUAUUUAAUUGUAUCUAAAGGGAAAAGUCUUAAAAAGUUCAUGUUUAUUGAUAUUUUUUGAUAUGAAAAUUGUAAAGAGCCAUGCAUCAUUACAACUAUGUUACUGAACAGUUAACUGAUAAAACAGGGCUUAUUUUUGGUGGAUUAACUUCCAUUUACUAAAAACCUGUCUGUGGGCUUUUAAGUGAUCAGAGCAUGUUGACACUACAGUUAUGGAUACUUUAUACCUUCAGGUUGACUAGUGAUUAGUGGAAUUGUGUAUAUAGGUGCUGUUUGCUACAUAGUCAAUGUAAAGGUGUAAUGUGUUUUCUCAUGAAUUACAUUUACAUCUCUGCCAGACAGAGAACUUAGGGGUUAAAAUUAUAGUAUGUGACAUUAGUAUGAAAACCUUAAGUCAUUCACUUGAAACUCUUUUGUGCCUCUCAGAGGCAUUAAUCCAUCCUUAAAGCACAUUUACUUGUUAGAAUCAUUUAUUACAAGAGGCCAUUUGGUCCAUUGUGCCUAUGCUGACUCUUUGAAAUAGCUAAAAAAAACGAAAGUACUGCGGAUGCUGUAAAUCAGGAACAAAAACAAAGUUGCUGGAAAAGCUCAGCGGG